GAAGUUCUGUUUUGAAAAUGUUGGCGGGUUUCCAGAUCUUGGUUCAGAAUACAGUACAAGGAAGAAUUCACAAGAUAAAAUUUCAUAAUGGAAGACAGCUGGAUUCUCAUUUCUGCCUCUACAUUCAAUCUGGCAUGUAGCCUCUGGAUAACUCGUGUUCACUUGUGAGCCAAUGAGAAUGAAAAAGUAUAGAAUAAAAACCAAUAGUAUUUGAGGGAAAAAUAUUGUCUUGCUGCUGUUACAAUAGCUGUGGAGUGAGAAAAAAUAUCAUAACAUUUAAACCAAGUGGUUUGAUUUUUGUUUUUCGGAAGAAUCUUUACUUCAGCAUAUUUCUUUCAAUGCAUAAUGUAUUUACAGAAAGAUUGAAAGCUACAAUGUGAAUUGCUAAUAUUGAGCUGACGAAUAGCAACAUUUAAGUAAAUGUUAAAUUCAAGUUCCAAAGUGGUUGAUAUUUUGAGAAGAGAAAAUUCUGUUACUGCACCUUUUGGGAACAAGGAAUUAGAAAAUGUCAUUUUUCAGAAAUUUCCAACAGAAUCUGCCUUCAGUGUCCUCUCUGGUAGACACAAUCAGUAGUGCUGUAGAGGAUUUGACCACUGCUGUUGGGGAGGUCAGCUAUGCUUUAACUGACUCAGUUGCUGAGCAGGUAACAAGUAUGAUAAGUGGCUUUCGCCCAGAAGAGGAAAGCUCUGUAGCAGAAGAAGCUGUAGACACUUCUAACCAAAAAAAUGCCGGGUUAACAGAAGUUUCCAAAAACACUAAUUGUCAGAAAACACAAGCCAAUUUAGAGCAUAGAGCAAAGCAAAUAAAUACUUGCAAAACUUCAGUUUCACAAAAGCAAGAUCAAGGUAUAUAUGAAGAAAGAGUAUCUAAACAUGUUAAUGAUAGGCAACAGACUCUAUCAGGAUAUCAAGAUACUGGUAAUACUGGUGAUUCUUCUUUGAAAGGCUGCAUGAAUAAUGGUGGGAUAUCAGUUAUCAAACAGAAUACAAGGGCUAGAUCUAUUUGUCAAGAACUUGAAAGUACCAACAGAUGUAAAACAAUUGGACUAGGAGUUUCCAAUAAUGGUAAGAAUGAUUUAAAGGAGGUAAGAUAUCAAGAAAUGAAAGGAAAUCAGAAGAAUGCCAAUGGAAUAAAUAAAUUAUAUGAGCAAAAGAAAUACGUUGGUACAGAUAAUCGUGAAAAGGAAGAAUAUACUAAAUCUCAACAUGUAUAUUUGGGAAGAGAUCAAGAGAAUAUGGGGCAUUUCAAUAAAUAUAAACAUCUUCCCAAUUUAGGGCAUUCAGAUCGUUUAAAGAAAGCUGAAAAAUGUGUUAAAAGUAAAAUAUCUAAAGGGAAUGAAUGUUCAGGAAAUGAAUGUUCUUUAAAAGGUAUUUUGACAAGCAAUAGACAUAUGACACAGAAAUCCAUUAUAAAAGAAGACAUACAUCCAGCACCAUCAACUAAUUCUAAAGAUAAGUUAUCUGGGAAAAUUGAAGAACAAAUAAAUUCAAAGAAAUACUGUAAAGUGAAAGAAGACAUAAAACCGAAGAAAACUGAGGCAAUUUCUGCCAAGAAAGGAACGGCAAAGAGUAAAGAUGAAAAAUAUUCUAAGUUAAUACCAGAAAAAGAUAAUUCCUAUAUGGACAAAGAUGAGCAUGGUUCGUCCUCUGAAAGUGAAGAUGAAGCACUGGGUAAAUAUCAUGAGGCCUUAUCCAGAACACACAAUUCCAGACUACCACUGGCAGAUUCUAGACAAAAGAACUAUGCUUGGGAAACAAGGCAGAAAUACAGUCCUUUAUCCGCAGAGUAUGAUGGAUACAGUAGUGAAGCCUCAAUAGAUGAAGGAAACUGCAUUCAGAGAAUGAGAAGAACACCCCCGCUGGAUGAAUUGCAGCCACCACCAUAUCAGGAUGACAGUGGUUCUCCCCAUCUGUCAUGUACACCCUCAGAAAUUGGGGACAGUAAAUGUGAAUUUUCCCACUGCAGCAACAGUCCAAGAUGCUCAUAUAACAAGUGCCCAAGUGAAGGAAGCACAGGUCAUGAAAUAGAAAGUUUUCAUAAUAAAGGAUAUGAAGAAGAUGUUCCAAGUGACAGCACUGCAGUCCUGAGCCCUGAAGAUAUAUCAGCUCAAGGAUCAUCAUCACAGCUUCCUAAACCUUUUGAUCCUGAGCCAGAAGCUAAAUAUGGCACACUGGAUGUGACUUUUGACUAUGACUCACAAGAACAGAAGCUUCUGGUAACAGUGACAGCUGUCACAGACAUCCCAACAUAUAACAGGACAGGUGGCAACUCAUGGCAAGUACACCUUGUUCUUCUACCUAUAAAGAAACAGAGAGCAAAAACCAGCAUCCAGAGAGGACCAUGCCCUGUCUUCACAGAAACAUUUAAAUUUAAUCAUGUUGAAUCUGAGAUGAUUGGAAAUUAUGCAGUUCGGUUUAGACUGUAUGGUGUACAUCGCAUGAAAAAAGAAAAGAUUGUGGGGGAAAAGAUUUUUUAUUUAACAAAAUUGAAUCUUCAAGGGAAAAUGUCAUUGCCUGUGAUACUGGAACCUUCUUACAAUCAUUCUGGCUGUGACUCCCAAAUGAGCAUGUCAGAAAUGUCAUGUAGUGAAAGUACAUCCUCAUGUCAGUCUCUUGAACACGGCUCAGUUCCAGAAAUUCUUAUUGGCCUGCUUUAUAAUGCCACAACUGGAAGACUAUCAGCAGAAGUGAUAAAAGGCAGCCACUUCAAAAAUUUGGCAGCAAAUAGACCACCCAAUGGACUGUUCUGUUGUCUAAAACACUUGAUAGGUGGACAGGUUUAUAUAAUCCGAGAUACGUAUGUUAAGUUAACUCUACUGAAUUCCAUGGGUCAAGAGAUGUCCAAAUGCAAGACAUCCAUUCGCAGAGGGCAGCCAAAUCCAGUAUACAAGGAAACUUUUGUUUUUCAAGUGGCCCUAUUUCAGCUUUCUGAUGUGACACUCAUACUGUCUGUGUAUAACAAACGCAGCAUGAAAAGAAAAGAGAUGAUAGGCUGGAUUUCUUUAGGUCUAAACAGCUCUGGAGAAGAAGAACUCAAUCACUGGACUGAAAUGAAAGAGUCAAAAGGACAGCAAGUAUGUAGAUGGCAUGCGUUGCUAGAGUCAUGAUGAAUAGAAUAAGCAAACAGUUAUCAUCCAAGGCAGCAUAUUUCCAAUUCCAACAUUAUUGUUUCUACCAAGUCACCAUUAGAAGAACUGUUCUUUGAAGAAUCAUAUUCAACUUUCUAUCAAAAUGCUUUAAGUUUUAUGGAAAGAACAUCUCAUACUGACAUAAAUGAAGAAAAUAUGUGUAUCUAGUAGAGCUUGUUUGGGAAACUGAGAAAUGUACAUUAUCAUUGUACUAACAGCCCUCCAGAAAUUUAAUAAGAUCUUUUUUAUUUGAAGUUAAUUUUAAUUUAGCAAAAGAGCCAGUCAUUUUAUGAAAAAUCAAAAUUAUAAGUGAUUUUAAAAACCAGAAUUUUAGUUGCGAUGCAAUUUUAAUAUCACCCUACAUAUUAUUUAUAAAACAUAGUUUGACUGGCCAGUCCCUGGUGUUUGUAAUGUUCUUUAAUAUGAAAAAGUAGUUCUCCAACUCUAUCAUAAGUCAUAUCUAAUGGUGAAGGGUUUCAGUCACAUUGAAAAUUGUUUUAUUUCAGACAUGUUCCCUUUGUGCACUUAGUUUCAUUGUACCUCACUUCCUCUCAAUAGCACUAAAUCUAAGUGCAAACAAGUAUUCAUUUUCAUACAGGAAUUUUUUAAUAUGUUAUUUUUUUAAAAGCUCAUUUUUCAUUUGCCUCCGCUUUUGCCUGAUCCAAAGAGACCAAGUCACUGUACUGGUCCCUUGCAAGUCUUCUAGACAGGUUGUACUGUAGAACUACGUAACUUUCUGUUGAAAGCACUUCCUGUAUUCUUGUAUUCCAAUGUAGGAAGCUAAUAGAGCAGGACUUUACUUUAAAAUUUCUUUCAGUGAUUGACUCUUCAGAAUUGCAGUAGUGUGAAAAUACAUUUUUUACAAACAAAAUACAGUAGAUAAGCUGUUGAAAAUGGAAAACAAUUCAAUUUUAAUUUUCUGCUCUGAGUAUUUAGUAACCAACACUGCAUAAAGCAGGUAGCAUCCAAAAUAAGAAACUGUUCUCUCUCUAAAUCUUCACUCUUACUUCAAUUUAUAUUUGUGAUGUAAAGACUAUCCAGUUCUCAGUUUGAAUUGGAACAUCAUGUUAAAAACAGUUAUGAGAUUCCUUAUGAAGUUUCUAGUAACUUGUGACUAGACUUUAUGAAAUUUACAGAUAAAGUUCUUCAACGUGAUGUCAUCUUGUGCCUUUCAUGUAAGUUAAAUUUGCUCAUACAGCUUGAAAGUUGUAUUUGCAAAAUUAAGCCUUCAAUUUUUAUAAAUGUAAAGAUUCCUCAGAACAGUGUCGCAACAUCUUUAUUUCCUCUGAAGUAUGUAAAAGUUGUAUAAUGUGCUAAUUGUUUUAAUGUCAAGGCACUUUCAUUUGUUUUUAUAUUUAGGAACUCUAAUCAGGAAUAUUAGAAGCUGUUUUCUUUUUAAUUUUACUUCUUACCUAAUAUAUCAUUUUAUGCAUAUACUUUAUUGGAGUAUGUUUUAUAUAUAUUAAAAAUAGUUUCUUUUUUCUCCUUUUCAUUUCUAGUUAAAAUAGACAAAAAUCUACUAUUUACCAGUUACUAAAAAGCAGUAUAUCAUUGCUUCUAGUCCCAACUAAGUACUAUAUAUUAUUGUAAACUAGAACUUGGUAUUACCAUAAUAACAAAACAAUGCAUAGAUAUUACUUCAGCUUGGCUGUACUGAAAGGCCUUAAAAGAAAUCCAAAAAGACCGUGAACUUCUGCAAUUUUUAGUUUAAAAAAUGGCAGCUCUAUGCAUUCAUGCACAUGAAUUAUAAGAAAAAAUACAAAUGCUAUAUUGGAUGACAUGAGGUUUGAGAAUGUUUGUUACAGGGCUGCAUUAAAGGGAAAAAUCCAUCUUUUAUUGUUAUAUCAAUGAGCUUUUUCCAGGAUUUUUUAAAUAAAUGAGUAAGAGUUAGAACCUGAAUCAAAUGGCAAAAUAUCUCAUUUAAGUGUUUUCAGCAACAGUAUGAAAAAAGACUUGAAGAGGGGAUGUAGAUUUUACUGAGAAAUUGGACUUAGGCAUUUGUCCAACAGUGAUCUUUUCUGACUUUGAAACAACUGAUUGCAUUGCUAACAACUGUUAUCUUCCUAAUAAAAAGAGUUAUCAGUCUUAUUUGUAACUGGAACAGAACUUAGUGAAACACAUUAGUAAGACCAGUUUGGUGCUUUCACUCUUAGAAAAAGACCUAACUAAUUGUUAUUUGUUAAAUCUACCUGUUUUCAGACUAUUCCCAGAAUUGUGUGUGUGAUUUGAUACAUCCCUAGGGAUUUAUCUGGUAUAAGUAUCAAAUCCUUCAUGGCCUAAAAAUUAAUAAACAGUUUUUUAGUAUUUCUGGAAAGACCCUACCUCCACCCGAGCUGCCAAGUCCUCAAAGAUUAUAAAUUAUCUAUAUGAGUGUGUGUAUCUGUAUAAACACAUGCACUUACACACAUACAACAUAAAUAUGUAUAUGUAUAUUCAUUUGUAAAGGCAAAGGUGCCCUGGCGUUUUCAGAUAACUGAAUAGAGAAACAUUUCAUAAAUUUAGGAUUAUUUUUCUCCUCUGUGUAUUUACUAGAUAUUAUAUUUGGUUUGGGUGCUUUCUGCUGCUGUUCUCCUUUACACACAGCAAAGUAUACAUUUGUUUCUGUAGAUUGACACAACUAUAGUAAUUACUCCCAAAAAGUUGUCUAUUCUUCUAGAAAAGGAUUAAAUAAGGCUCAGGGGACCCACUUCACUCUACUGAAUCUAAUGUACGAGACAGUACGACUGCUUUUUUGUGUGCUUAAAUUUGCAUGAAAGCUUAAUAGCAAAAUCUUCUAUCUCAGUAAUUAUAGCAAAUAGGGACCCACUGGUAGGGAGCAGGUGUUGGCUCAGAAACCUGAAAAAGACAACCCACUUUCAUAUUCUAUUAAAAUCCCAUAAGUUUUCUAAUAAAAUGGUAUAGUCCAAAUAUGACAAUUGGCCAGCAUUUAUGGGAGCCUCUAAACCUGGAGUUCUGGGGUUUAUUUGUCUCCCAAAUGAGCUGCAAAAGAUAGUUAUUGCUGCCCAGUAAACAAAAUGUAUGUCAAAUCAGUAAAGAAUUUGUUUACUAUAAUAUUGCCUUAUCUUUCAGAAGCUUUCUUCUGUAUUCUUGUGUCUUCAGAACAAUCCACAUUUUGUUUGAAAUCCAUUUGCAUAUUAUCUUAUUAGUGAAUUCUCAAUAAUGUUGUAUUUGCUGACAAGAAUAAUAAAUUGGACCACAAUUAAAGGAAAGAAAACCCAAUGAGAAAAUAUGUAAACUACCUGAUUAAUAUACACAUGUUUAAAUGUAGGGCCUGGUUAGGCAUUUCAUCCAACCUAGUGAAGAUGCCCAGGGCUGUUUGUUAAAUGAUUUGCUUGAUACCGUCAUCAUUUUCAUUUCACUUAUCAAGUGAAUCAGAAGCAUAAUCAAUAACUGCAAAUUAAGAUAGUACCAAUAGGGGAAAGGGGUAAAAGAAUUGAGUGUUUGUCAAUAUGAAGAUGAGUGGGGAUACUGAAUGAUAUCAUAGUCUUCCCAAUGGAAGAAAAAGUAGGCUAUGGGAGGUGUAAAUUUUUGAUGGAGUAAGAACAGUGGUCACCAACAAAUAUUUUUCAAUAUCCCUAUCCAAAUAUGAAUAGAAAGGACACAAAUUCGUUUGCAUAAAAUUGCCAUUUGCCUACAUAGACUAGACAAUUCAUAGAGAUUUUUCACACUGACAGUUAUUAUAUUAUGUAUAUAGUUAUUUUAGUUAUCAGUAAUUUCACCUUGAUAGUUUUUAUCUCUAAUUUUUUUUCCAUUCACUGUCCCCAGUUCAUCUGUGGCCUACAUUCAAGGUAGCUGUCGCUAUUAUUAUUACUAACCAAACAAUAUUGAAUACAAGUUUGAGCAUGCUGCAAAGCAUUUUCUAACGUUAAUUUUAAAACAUCGUCUCUGCCCUCCAAAGUGAUGGUAACAGCUAUAAUUUUCUAAGAUCUAGCACAAUAACUUAUUAUUUGCUUGAUUCUCCAAACAAUACUAUGAGGUAAGUAAUGUUAUCAACAUUUUAUUGAUAAAGACACUGCACCAUGAAGAGGUUAAGCAGACUUUCCCAAGGUCAUUCAGUAAGUAAGUAGUAGAACUGGGAUUGGAACCCAGAUGUAAAUUACUCUAAAACCUAUGCUAUGCAUGUUGCAUCUGCCUCCCUGUUUGGAAAAAAAAAAACAAAAAAAAACUACUUAGGACAUUGUAUUUAUCAAUAAUCCCACUCACCUUGAUUGAAUGGCAAAACUAAGGGG